AUGUCCGACCAGGUCGGCUUCAGCUUCCAGGCUGAUGUUGUCAACACAGCCUCCAUGGGCCACGUCCUCACCGGACGGCUCCUCAAGGCUCUCAGCGACGGCGGCGUCGACACCUACGCCCUAUGGUCCGCCGUUCAGCUCGGCAAACUGAUGCCGGUCCAGAAAUCGCUCCAGAGCACGCUCUACGCCCAGAUCGCGUCCAAGAAGACGUAUCAGUCCGUCCUCUCCAAGGCCCUGAGCAUCGGCUGGGGUCACUCGGCGCCCGUCGCUGACCUCGCGCGCACCGUGGCUGGGUCCAACGCCAUCAUUCUCGUCGGCGCGCUCGCCACGGGCUGCCAACCCUUCGCCGCCGCGCAGUGCCUGUGGGAGCUAAUGUCCGUCCACGGGCUCGAGGCCGAUAUGCUUCCUACUGUGGACGUCCUCAAGGGCCUGGUCGGCUACCUGGCUCCGUUCGUCCAGGAUCUCGGGUUUUCCAAGGUAGUCCAGCACAUAACCAAUGUUUGCGAAAGAGUGAUCAGGUCCAGACGAACAGUUGGUCGUUUACCCGAACGUUUGAGGACGGAACAGCAAGUUCUGCAGAUGAAGAAUUUGGGCAGCCCGGUCGCCCUCGCUCGCGCCAUCAAGCAGCUCAUCCUCACAUCCAAAAAUGGGCAGAGCGACUACAUGGUGCUCGAGAUGCGCGGUUCUUGGCUUCCGGCGUUUGCCAGUCACGUACUUGGGAUGUCCGUCGAGCUGCGACUGGGGGAUCAAAUCGUGUGGGCGAGUGGAGGUGAUCGAGGAAGCAUCCAUUUCCAGCUCGACAGACAUUGGGAAUGUUCGUCGGAGAAUUCGCUUCGGGGAGCUGGCCCCAUGACCUUGAGGAUAGAGCCGGACAACGAGGAAACUGAAUGUUCCCCGAUAUCGGUCGACUACUUGCUCGGAGAGGCACUCGAGGCUCAGUUCGUCAAGAGGCCCGAGAUCAACGCCGACACGGCGGAAUCCAUCAAAGCAGCGAUAGCUGAGUUAUCUUUUCGGCUUUUGAAGAAUACCUGGUCUAGCACUUAUAAAAGUCCACAUCCUCUUCAGGCGGCAUUCGAUUGCCCCAUGGUUGGGCACUCUCAGGGAAUCUUGGCUUUAGAAAAGACACUCAUACAAUUGGGCAUCAGCCUUGACAAUUUUGAGAAUGAGCAGGCCAGUUACGAUAUUCACCUGAACCGAACCUGGGGCGGACUCCGAGGCAGGUGUGGUCUUCAUCGUACACCGCCAAACUUAUACCACUAUACCCUCCACGGCGAACGGGCAUACACUACCGAGAACUGCGUUUGUAGCUUCGUUGCGAAACUUAUUCGCGGUUUCGCAAUAACGGCACUCGCUUUGAUGUUUUGUACAUUCGAAGCAGACCAGUUGAGAGUACAGGAGCACGUUCUUAUAGACGACAACGUCACGUCCUGGGCCCGGGCUAUGGUUUUCGGCAAGGUUGAAAACACGCCUUUGAACGGACAGAGACGACCAUUCGUGGGGGGAAGGCAGGCACCGAGCCACCGAGAUCUUUUCAGCCAUCUCGCAGAGCUCAUUUGCAACGACUUCUCGACCGACUGGCAGCAGAACUCCGACACAUCGAAACUACGCAACUAUUUGCUUGGAGUCUCGGGAAAACACUACACGAUUUAUUACACUUGCAUAAUGACAGACGAGUGUUAUGAUGGCCUCGGACGAAUGAUCGCCAUUCAGUCCGGCAGAGCAUCGGUAAACGGGGCUUUUCGCAACGUCAUUGUUGAGGGAAUCCCCCCCAAGGUCGAAAGCGCCUUGGAUCUAAUCUCGGGGCAUCAGAACCCAGUCCGGUUGGCCGGCGGGACUUGUCUUGAGCCUCAUUGUCGUCCUCCCAAAACCAGCAUCCUCGUGAACGUCAUCCUCCUUGAGAAGGUCAUCUCCGUUCGGCUGAAGCUGGCGGUCGAUGCCCAAAAAACAAUGACGGUUUCCUUCAGACGCUGUAUCUCUCAACUGCUCUCCGGCUGGGUGGUCCCUCGGUGCGAGCACCCGAGGAACAAACCGUAUGAGGUGCCAGAAGGCGAGGAUAUCGUCGUCUCCGGGUUCAAUGUGCCACAGCUGCCCGGCGAGCAGGCCUCGGGGGAGGUGAUGGUUUACGCCUUGCGAAGUCGAAAGCUAGAACAGCUUCUCACCUGUGGGUUGAUGCAAGAGCAAUUGACGAACUGGAAGAGCGGCCGGUCAAGCAAGAAGCCAUGCCCUGGCGUGCUUCAAGUCACAGCUUGCUUAGAGUGCUGUAUCCACUUCGCAAGGCGGCCUGGCCAUCGUCCCUGCGUCGUAAUGGGUGGGUGA